AGCAAGUAUUGGAUUGAAUACUCUUACAGUUCCAGAUACGUCCACUCUCCACAGUGUCUUUGGGUGUCUACAUAGUUGGAAAACAGAGCAGGCUAAAGCCCCUGUUGAUGACAUUUGGAGAUGCUGAAGAUGUGGAGAGGGCUUCAGAGAAGACUGUGGCAACAUCACAUGGUACCAACAGGGCAGUGUUUUCAGUAUGUGCAUAUGAAAGUUGGAGACCGAGCUGAACUCAGCAGAGCCUUCACACAGCAGGAUGUGGCUACCUUCUCAGAGUUAACGGGAGAUACCAAUCCUUUGCAUUUACGUGAAGAUUUUGCAAAACACACCAAGUUUGGAAAGACAGUCGUGCAUGGAGUUUUGAUAAAUGGACUUAUUUCAGCACUCCUGGGCACUAAAAUGCCAGGGCCAGGCUGUGUGUUUCUUUCUCAGGAAAUUAAAUUUCCUGCCCCUUUAUAUAUUGGAGAAGUGGUUUUAGCAUCUGCAGAAGUGAGAAGGUUAAAGCAGUCUGUUGCUGUUGUUGCAGUGUCCUGUUGUGUGGUAGAAAGUAAGAAGACUGUUAUGGAAGGCUGGGUUAAAAUUAUGGUCCCAGAAGCUCCUAGAUCCUGAGAUACAAGUUUAAAGUUACAUGUUCAAAAACCUGUGCUCUUGUUAUCACAUGACAUCGGGGAGGUGGGCUGUUGCUCUUCAUGAAGUAAUGCUGGUACACUCAGAAGCCUGUGUGGAAGGGGAGCGUUCCAGAUUGGCGCCUGGUUUGUCCAGAUUUAAAUCUGUGCAAGAUCUCAUCAUCUAUUGAGGUUUGAAUUUUUUUCCAAUUAAAAAACAAUUGAGAGGAGCUGGAGAGAUGGCUUAUCAGUUAAGAUCACUGGCUGCUCUUCCAGGGGAUCUGAGUUCAAUUCCUAGUACCCACAUGGUGACUCACAACUGUAUGUGACUCCAGUCUCAGGUGAUCCAACACUAUCUUCUGGGCUGUGCUAAAACUACAUGCACAUGGUAUACAGACAUACAUGCAGACAAAAUACAAAUACAAUAAUAAAAUAAAAAUCUUUUUAAAUUGAGAAAAC